AUGUUGUUCCAAUACGUGCGAAAACCGACUCCCACGGAUCUUCUAACUUCUCCGGAGUCAUUUAAAUACUUUGAAUACGGAAUGUUCUGUAUGGGAUGGCACACUCCCGCAAAGUAUAAGAUUUUGUACUAUACUUUUGCAACACUACUUUUUGGCUGGUGUGUUGUCUACUUGCCAAUCGGAAUCAGCAUAAGUUUCGUUAAGGAUUUAAGAACCUUCACUCCGAGCGAACUUUUGACAGUCCUGCAGCUAUUUUUCAAUGCAGUUGGGCUGCCAUUUAAGGUGCUAUUCUUCAAUCUUUACAAAUCUGGAUUUUACAAGGCCAAAGAGAUAUUGAGCCGAAUGGACAAACGUUGUCAUACUUUGGAGGAACGCAUGGAGGUGCAUCGAUGGGUGGUCCGUUGCAAUAUGGCCUAUCUUAUCUACCAGGUGAUCUACACCUCCUACACCAUAUCCACUUUUCUAUCGGCUGCUCUCAGUGGAAAAUUGCCCUGGCGUAUAUUCAAUCCCUUUGUGGAUUGGCGAGAGAGUAGGUCGAAUUUUUGGAGGGCUGCCGUGAACGAAACAGCACUUAUGUUGUGUAGUGUAACCCAAACCGUGAUCAGCGAUAUAUACCCCCUGCUGUAUGGCUUGAUCCUUCGAGCCCACAUCAAACUUCUGCAAAUGAGGGUGGAAAAACUUUGCACAGAUCCUGAAAAAAGCGAUGAGGAAAACCAGGAGGACUUAAUCAACUGCAUCAAGGAUCAUAAGCUCAUCAAGGAAUUUGCUGAAAUAAUACGACCUACAAUUGCCCGCACCAUCUUCGUUCAGUUCCUUUUGAUUGGACUCUGCCUUGGCCUGUGCAUGAUCAACCUCCUUUUCUUCGCCGACAUUUGGACGGGCUUGGCCACAGUGGCCUAUAUCAAUGGCCUGAUGGUCCAAACCUUUCCGUUCUGCUUCGUUUGUGACUUUAUCAAAUCGGAUUGUGAACAUCUUGAGGUGGCUAUAUUCCACUCCAACUGGAUCAACACUAGUCGCAGAUACAAAACAUCUUUGAUAUUUUUUUUGAAGAACUCCCAAGAAACCAUUUCCUUUACAGCCGGCUCUAUUUUUCCCAUAUCCACAAGCACAAAUAUUCAGGUUGCUAAGCUGGCUUUUUCGGUAGUUACUUUUGUAAAUCAACUAAACAUUGCUGACAGGUUGACAAAAAAUUAG